GUCCGUGGUAGUGUGGGAACAUAAUACAGUGCGCCUGGUGACCGUCAUCGGGGCGGUACUGUUGUUGUUUUCUGUCCGUGAGUGACGUCUAUGACUUCACCUCAUUAUACCUCUACUUUACCACAUUUUCCGCGCUUAUGACUCUUUCAUACCACCUCCGAGACACCGUGAGAUGAUUUAAGAAAUUUGACUCCAGUCCAUACUUCACUUUAAUGACUAAUUGGUACCACAAAAACGGUCGUUAAUGUAAACACGGUAUGAAAGGACCAUGGAGAAGUUUGCUGUUGAUCUUGAUAAAGUGUUGGAUGACUUUGAGUUAGAUGAAGAUGAGAGUGAAUCUGUAAACCAGUAUGAGAAAUUGCAGCUAGAGUUCUGCCCAGAUGGAGGGGGGACUCUACCACCAGUGAGGCAUGGUGUAGGGUUGGGCACUUUUGGUGGGUGGAGUGAGCCCUUACAACCUCAGGCAAUUGGUGCUGCCUCUCAACCAUGGUGUGGUGUAGGACUGGACAGAGAGGCCCAACCACCUGGCACACGGAGCCCACCUGACGGCCAGAAUGAUGACAGUGAGCCGCCUGCAGCUUGCUCUCAGCCACCUCCUUCACUUCCGUAUCUUCCCGGCGCACAGCUCCCACCUCCACAAGUAUCACAGUUGCAUUCGGGCGACGUCCUGGACUCUGGCGUCAGACCAGGAAAUAUGCUCAUGAAUCAGCAUUCGGCCACCUCACAGGCACUGUGGCCGGUAAUAGCAACAUCUGCAGCAGGCAGCUUCUCUCAAGCUCCUAUGCCCAGUGUCCAGGCAGAGUCUUAUGCAGCUGAAAGGUUUGGUUUACCUGUAAGUGGUGGUAGUGCAGGCACCGGUAAUGUUAGCUCUCGAGUACCUGCCAUGCCUCCAGACUAUCACAUACCUGGGGUUCCGGAGAGCAGCUCUGCCACCUCUGAAAGCGAAGGAAAUGCAGUCGUCGGUGUCUCGAGUAAAAAUAUUCCCCGUGAAGGAUUUGACGUCAUUGCAUCAAGACCUUUGGAUGUGGUGCCAGCAAGUGUGCCUCCCGACAGAGGGCUCGCUGGUGGCCACGAAACGAGACAUCCAGAUAUAAUUGACGUGUGGCAGAGUGGUGCAGAGGCGAGUGCAUCGGCGUCCCAGCCUAGUGACAGAGUACGUCCAGAAGUUGUAGAUCACGAACAAAGUAACGGUGAGUCCCAGGAAGUGGAUAAUGAAGGUGCAAGUGGAUCUGCAAACUGUGUAGAACAGCAGGAACACCGUCUACUGCCUGACCUUAUGGCAAUGAAUAGUGUUGAUAAUUUAGCAGUGAGUGAGGGAACAUACAGUGGUCCAGAGUACUAUGAACCUGCAAUUGUAAUGGAAAAUGCACUUUCUAAUUUACGUUUGAAUGAACCUGCUAUUGUAAUGGAGAGUCAGUCAUGCAGUAGAAUACCUGAGGUUGUAAAUGUUCACCAAACUGCUGAACAACAGGGACAUACAGAUACACCUUCAUCUGUGGCAGGAGGGACUUUGUGUAAUACACCUGCCACGGGUGACAUGAGUCAUGCAUCUCUUGACGGUGUAUCUCAUGGCAUUGAUGAUGCUCCUGGUAUUCUCCAGGAUCAUAUAAACCAAGUCUGUGAUAAUGUAGCUAGAUUAGACGAAAUUCAUUCUGUUGAUGCUGUGAGAGUGGAUCCACAGCCACCAACACAGUCAUCUCUCCCGGAUGUGAGUGCUGUUGGUACUGUUCCCAUCAGCUUCAGUAAGAACUCUGACAUAGAUGAUGCCGAUCUCGACGCCGAGCUUGCCGAGCUGGAAGAGGAACAGUUCCGGUUACAGGGAGCUUAUGGUGGAAGUGUGGCAAGAUCACUGACCAGCAGUCAAGAAGACAGUACAGGAGAGAUCACUCACCCUGAAGUUCAAAGUACAUGUGAAGCCAACUUGUCUGGGGGUCCAGAUUUGAUAGGUGGCACGAGUACUUCUCAGCCCAUACUAGGUGUUGACCUGGGUGGCAGUGAAGCAGCACAAACUACAGGUGCUUCAGCAGCAACUGAAGAGAAUCCAAAACCUGAAGUACCAGCAUGGCAGAGAUACGGCAGUGAUGCUGAAGAAAGACAGAGUUCCUUGGUUGGGAACCCAGAUAUUGCAGCCCAGGAAAAUAUUAGCUUCUCCAACCACCCUGGUACUGAGGGUGUUGAGGAAGUAAUAUGUCACCCUCACAGAAGUCAAAGAGGAGAAGCCACAGAAAACUACAGAGAGAGAGACACGGGUGAUAAUUUGUCUAGUAACAGCACAGGCACAGAUACAAUGUCCUCCAGCAGUACUCUCACUGACGGUGAUCUUGGCUCACCAGAAAGAAGACUCCAGCAGCCUGUUGCUGAGCCUGAAUCUCCAUCACGGGUCACACCAGGGGCCUUAGUGACUGCUGUGUACGAUGACGACAGUGGUUCUGGUCGAGAAGAUGAUGGCAGCGGUGGAGCUCUGGCAGCCGGAGAAGCUGCUGCUUCUUCCAACCCUGGCAACCCUAGUGAAGGCAACGGAAGUCUUGUCGGUCACGUGGCUCCGUUUUGGAUCCCAGACGAAGAUGCACCAAACUGCCAAGAGUGUGGCCUAAAGUUCACUGUGAUUCGUCGACGUCACCACUGUCGAGCAUGUGGACGCGUCCUGUGUGCCCAGUGUUGUCACCACAAGGCUCCUCUACCAUACAUGGACUACAAGGAGGCAAGGGUCUGUGGACCUUGUCUCCAGAUCUUACAGUCAGGACAAGAAGACGGACAUGACGGAGAUAUGAGACAAGGUCGGCAGCAGCCCGACGGACAAAGACGCCCACCAGACCCUAAUAACCCCAUGGAGUACUGUUCCCGUGUGCCUCCUCCCCAGCAAGUGGCUGCCUCGGCCACUGUUCCCCCUCCCACUGUAAUGGUUCCUGUCGGUGUUCUGAAGCGUGAGGGCAGUAGCAGUAGCGCUAGGAGUCGGGGGAACAAACAAGUGAUUUUCAGUGAUGGCAUCCGGCCUGGCGGUGACCUGACUGAGCUCGAUGGGUCAGGGGAGCUCCUUCCCCCUUACCGCAGAUCGGGGCGGGUGGCCAGGAGGGUGGAUCGUCCCACCACCGGCGGCGGUGUUGGCGGUGGUGUGGGCGGGUUACUUCGCUCCCUUCCCCCCGACCGCUGCCUCAUCCCCCCUGGGGCUGGCCUCCCCCCUGUGGUGGUGCAGGCCCCUGCCACUGGAGAGUACGUGUUUGAGGACAACCCCGACAGUAGCAAAUUGGAGCAGCAGAUGAAGGGUGAUGGACCGCCAGUUGUGUUUGCUGUCCACAAGAACCUCACCGUCCUAGUCAAAAUGGUUAAGUUGGAAUGUUGCGUGGGUGUGGAGGUGUGGAACAUAGCGACACGCGGCUUGUGUACGGUCGGGCAGGAAGAGAUGGUUGUUCUCCUGGAAGUGGCCCCGGGUGAAACACAUCCACCCAGAGAUAUAUUUGCUUUCUUCCACACUGUCUAUCAACAAGCUAAUCAAGGUAAUCUGGUGUCAGAACUAGGCCACACAAUCUUCACAGAACCAGAAGGGUUCCUGGGGUCACGGGAGCAUGGUGGUUUCCUUUAUAUCCGCCCCACGUUCCAGUGCCUCCGUAACUUGGUCUUGCCCCCCUCACCAUAUAUUUUUGCCGUCCUUAUUCAGAAGUGGGAGACUCCAUGGGCAAAGGUUUUCCCACUUCGUCUAAUGCUGCGCAUGGGUGCAGAGUUCCGCUACUACCCUUGUCCGCUUGUGUCUGCACGCAAUAGGAAGCCCGUCUUCUGUGAGAUUGGGCACACCAUAAUGAACCUUCUUGUGGAUUUCCGUAAUUAUGCUUACACCGUCCCUGGCAUUGAAGGUUUUGUCAUUCACAUGGAGGAUAAGAAAACCAGUUUACUAUUCCCUAAGAACAGAUAUGAACAGGUAACAAAGGCUCUGAGUAACAGCAAUGACCACGUCCUGGCCCUUGGAGCUAACUUCAGUCCCCAGGCUGACUCCCACCUGGUCACCAUAGAAAAUGAUGAUGGCCACUACUCUACUCAAGCAAUUAAUAUUCAUAAUCGACCACGUAGAGUAACUGGGGCAAGUUUUAUUGUAUUUAAUGGUGCCCUGAAGACCACGUCGGGCCUCUCGGCAAAAUCUUCCAUUGUAGAAGAUGGCCUCAUGGUUCAGAUCCCAGCAGACAUGAUGACCAAAUUACGUGAAGCUUUACAGAACAUGAAGGACUUCGAGAUUCCUUGCGGUCCAGUUUCAGCAAGCCAACCCGACGAAGUUGUGACCAUCAAGUGGACCAGCGAUGACAAGAAUUUUAACAUUGGAAUCAAAAGUCCAGUUGAUGAGAAGCAGAUGGAUGGAAUACCCUCGGUUAAGAUUCACUCUGGUACUGAUUAUGUCAGUAAUGCUCAUCUCAUAAGGUGGACAGAAGUCUUUAUAAUGCAGGGAGAAAGUAACAACAGCAACGAUGUGAACCUGAGCCGACUGUCUGAGUUAUUGGCGCGAUCAUUCUGUGUGGCGCUCACCCCACACUUGUCUGACUUAUAUUCCAAUGGACACACUUGUCUUGGCCUGCGUACCACUAUUCAUCAAGAUAGUGUGGGUUAUGAAGCGGGCAGCAGUGGAAGUCGUUUGCCAGCAUCGUGUAUGAAUGACCUGGACGUGGAACUGAUUCCCGUCAUCCACCGAGCAGCAGCCAAUAUCACUGAUCAGCCAAUUAUAUUGGAACUUGUCUUUCAUAUUAUGGAACAGUAAUACUCUGCUCAGUUUUUGUUACAUUUUUUUAAUUUAAAUUAAUUUUUGUAAGUUCAUCUGCAAUUGUACAGCAGUUGCUAUUUUAUGAGCAGCUAAAGGAUUCAAGUAAUUACAAGAUGUACCAUUCUUACUGUUAAGGACUUCACAUAGUCAUAUUUUGCAGUAAAGUAUUUUAUCUUUCAAUCUCCAGAUGAAUUAGAAUAUUACAGGAAAGAGAACAUACAAGACGACAGUUAAUGUCCCUUGGGGUGACAUCUCUUGCACAUAAUGUGCAGAGUAAUUAAUGGGUAACAUCUUAGAUAAUCAAGUUAUUAAUGGGUAAUAUAGUGUGCCACUUCCUGUGGGGAAAAGAACAAGGCUUUUAAACAUGGGGGAACUUGGCUUAAACAAGAACAAUGGUGGUAGUAUUCACAUUGUUGUACAAACCAGUACAGUAAGUAUAACUGCUUUACCUGCAGUCAAGAUCAAAUGUUAGUCCUUCGGUGGUAAAUUCUACCACACUUGAAGAUUGUAUAUAUGUGAGUCUGUAGCGGUGUGGCAGAGCAACAGGUUAAAUACUGAUCAAUUUGAAGUAUUUUUGUUAAAUACUGUUACAAUACUUUUGCUUUACUUUGUUUUUUAUAUACAGCGUGCCCUUCAAUUUCACGGGGGUUAGAUUCUCAAAAAGGCCGAAAUCGCCAAAUCUGCGAAUAACAUUGCUGACUGGGGGGGGGG